AUGCCCAGUCCUGUCCUCCAGUCAGCCAGUCGGCGUGCUAGUUGGUCAUCGGGCCAGACUCGCGUCUCAUUGGCUCGUGCGCCCGACGCCUGGGCCAAUCAACGCGCCCUCAUCUUCCCCACUUGGGGCAAAGCCGUGGCCGUCUCAGCUGCUCCGGCUUCAGAUGGCUGUGGGCAGAAUUGUCGAUGCCACUGCCUACAUCUCUCCCUCGACUCUCCUCUAUCUCUAUCUCUCUCUCCCUCUCGCUCACACACGCACACGCACACUCAGCUUGGAAGUCGAGGGCAUGCGGAAAAUGUGCCCAUGCUCGCCGAGACGGGCUGUCAAGUUGUGCAAAAACGAGCCGUUGAACUCGAUGGCAGGACUUUUGGAUUUACACGCUUCUCUGCCGUCCGCACGUUUACCACUCAGGCCCGAUGGAUGAGAUCGCAUCCUCCCACCUCCUUGCAUGUAAGCGCUCACUUGUUGCCCACCUUCCUUUCUUUCCCUUGUCACCGUUGCGCCCACUUUUGCGUUGUUGUCUGUUGGUGUGCCCACCGGCUACAGGCUGCUCGUGCGCCGGCGCAUGCAUCGCUGAGCUGGAGGGGACCGCUGGUGGGGUCGCGAAGACCAGCUGGGAUUGGUCAAUCAUUUGGUUGUCGUGGCGAUGUAAGCAGUUUGCGCGCCAGCGCCUGCUUUCGUGAGACUUGUCACUUUGACGAGUGGGUGAUGGCGGGGGUGGGGGUGUGGCGAGUCGACGGUCCGAUGGUGGAAAUGUCGAGUGGCUCGGCGGGCACGCGGAACACGAGGUGGAAGCGACGCCGACGACACGUGCUCUCUCGUCGCCGCCGCAAUUCGUCGCGCAAGUUGUUCAAGUCAACAACACCACGUUGGCCUCACACCUGA